AUGAGGCUCCUUUGCACGCUGUUGACCAUCUUCGUGAUCGAUGUGGAGGCUCAGAAUUUGGAGAAGUCGAGGAGUGUCUGGGUGGAGCAGGGCCUGGUUAGAGGGAAGAUCUACAAGCUGGGGGAGCAGCAGGUGCAGAUCUUUCGGGGAAUUCCAUAUGCGGAGCCACCAAUCGGAGAUUUGAGGUAUAAAGUAAGUAAGUAGGGUGGAAAAAUUUCUUCAUCGUGUAAGAUGGCGACCCGCUUGAAUUUACCGCUUACUAGGCUUCAAAAUCCGGAAAUUGUAUCAAAAAAACUUUUAUCCCAAACAGCCCCAAAAUAAAACGGAUUUCAGAUGCCAAUGCGAAAGCAACGCUGGGAAAAGGAAUUUGCCGCCGUUGACUACGGCCCGCCGUGUGUCCAAUUCAUGGACUUCCACAAGAACGAUCGAUUCUCCGGGCCGAAUAUGCCCCGUGAAUCCGAAGACUGUCUUUACCUGAACAUCUUUUCCCCCUACGAUUCAGAAGACGAGAGCCAGCUCUAUCCAAUCAUUGUCUGGAUUCACGGCGGCUCUUUUUUGGCCGGCUCGGCCGACACCGGAAUUGAUAUGGAGGCCGUGGCAAGGAAUUUGGUCUUCAAAGGAAUCACUUUGGUCACGAUUAACUACCGACUUGGUCCUUUCGGAUUCAUGUCUAUUGAUUAUGGAGAUCAUGUGGAGGGAAAUUUCGGAAUUUAUGAUCAGAAGUUGGCUCUGGAAUGGAUUCAGAGGAAUAUAAAGCAGUUCAACGGGGAUCCCAGCAGUGUUUCGGUGAUGGGAGAGAGUGCUGGGGCGGCAGCAAUAUCAGUACUCGGAUUGAGCCCGCUAACGAGAGGUGAGAGUCCAUUUCGAUAAACAGAUUCUGAAUCAAGACGGAAAAUUUCAGAUUUUGUUAAAAUUUAGCAAGAAUCAUCUACCUACGUCUCAUUUCAACUUCUGAAAUCUUUUAGUUUCAAGCUGUAGCCAAGACCUUCAACGAUUAUUUUUUCAGGUCUUGUUCACCAAGUUAUUGCUCUCAGCGGCUCUGCAACGGCCGGCUGGGCGAUUCAUCGGCAUGGCACAAAUGCAUGGGACAUGAACAACAUUGCCGAUUACAUCCGAUGCAACAAGAUCAUCCCAGAACAAGACCUGAAGGCUGUCUUGAAUAGAGAAUCAAUCACGGCGAAGACAAAGACGACUGAGCAUUGUAAUCUACAACUGCAGGUGCCAGAGUGCUUAUUGGUAGGUUUCUUUCUUGCCAUUAGAAGUUUAAUAUCGGUUCUAGUCGUAUUUUGAUUUAUUCGAUGAGUGAUAUAUUUGCAGAACACCGGAAAGAUGAACCCAAAAGACAUGUUGGAGUGCUUCAGGAAGGAGGUCAACUUUUCAGAGCCGUUGUUUAGACACGCUUUGUCUGCAGAGGCAAGUGAAUAACUCGUACGAAAAGGUUGGCUGUAAAGCGCGCAGGUUUUGAAUAUAACCGGCAUAAAGUUUGGAAACUAUCGCAUUUGUGACUUAAUUUUUUUAAAACGACACCUUUACGUUAUCAUCCGUUACCCUUAUAAUUUUAGCUCGGAGUAUCCAAAAUGGUAGUAGACGGACAGCUGAUCCCAGCGUCUGGGAUCGAGCUUGUCUCCGAUUACGCCCAUCUUCCCCUUCUGACCGGCGUGGCAAGCAGAGAAUGGGCUCAUAAACGGCGUAAGUGUCAACAAAUUAAUCCUUAAUUUGCUUCGAUCGCAAAACGCCUAAAGGUCUUCAAAUUCUUAAAAACCAUUUUUAUAUUUUCAGCCGAAUUCUACGAGUUUUGGCGCUAUGAAAACAUGAGUCGAAGCAAAGCAGAGGAAGCAGUGAAGAAGUUAGUCUACACAUCCUAUGCGUCAAGAUUACCUGGAAAAGUCCCUAACGCAACGCUUAAUUUGAUCUCAAAUGCAACGUUCUUACGGUAUAUGCAAGAUGUCGACUUCAAUUUUGACAUGCCAGGGGUUGUAGCCAGGCUUCAGGAUGUGAGUUUAUACCUUCCAAAAUAUAAUCUUCCCCACAAAAGCAAAUCAAAUUUCAUUAUUUUCAGUUAGAAGCGGACAUUGAAUUUGUUGCCCCAUGUCAAUCUGAAGUUGACUCCUAUGCCAAAAAUGGUCUUGAUGUUUUCGUUUACUCGUUUGAUUACAUCCCAAAAGGCAAUAUUGUGGAGGUCGACAAACGCUUCUACGAGCUUUUUGGGGACAAUCAAGUGACCGUGACCAAAAAAGACGCCUCCAGCGAUGGAUAUGAAAUCACAGCGUUCCAUGGGCUGGAUCAUGCGUUCAUAUUCAGCCAUGGUUACAGCAGUAACUUUCAAAUAAAACCCUUUACAAAACAGGACCGCGCAAUGUCAAAGGUGUUGACCACGAUGAUAACAAAUUUUGCAAAGACUGGGUGGGUCAUAAACUAUCUACAAAUGACUUUAUCUUGACCUUUUCCCCUAUUUUUAUUCAAAAAUUAUAUUGUUUUAGAGACCCAUCAAUUGAAGUGUUUGAAUGGCCGGCCUAUACCAAUUCCAGUGCUCAUUAUGUCUCAAUAGGACUGCAUCCAAAGUAAGAGCGGUGCAAACGUAAAUGAAGACCUUAUUUUAGACUCAUAAAAGGCCAACUUCACUUCCCAGCACCAGAAUUUUGGAAUCAUGAAGCUGCAAUGCUGGCCAAAUAUACUUUGUCCGAGAGUCCGCUAAGCGAUGAGGAGGUCAGCGAACUCACAGUCGAGGAAAGGAAGCAAGUAAGUAGCUAAAUCUUGCAGAGAGAACCUUAACAAGACAAUUUAUGACCAUAAUUUAGAUGGUUAAUAUAAUGAAUAAUAAUUUCUACCUUAAUAAGCCCCAAAUUUCAGCUUAAUGCAUAUCGUCGCGCCUGGUGGGCACUCUGGCUAUUUGUGAUCGCUGUUGCAAUCAUCAUCUGGGUCGCUAUUAUUUGUUUUGUCAUCAAAAAAGGCAAAAGCCCGACUUCAAAGCCCUAUGAUAAUAUCGUCGUAAAUCGGGAGUAA